CAUCGCCGACAUCGUCAAGACGCGCACCGUGCGCCAGACGCAAACGCACGCACAAAAGUACCGCGAAAAGCUCGCGCGCCGCCAGCGCGGUCUCCGCAACAAGCACAUGAUCCGCCACGAGAUUCUGAGCGCACUCGCGCCCAAGGAAGAAGCGUUUGACGUCGUGCCGCUCAAGGAGGAGCAGCGACUGACGCUGUCGCUGACAAACCUCCCGGCCAGCGCCAUGCCGCCACUCUCGGUCUGCCUCGACUUUCUCCUCGACGCACUCGACGACAACAAGAAGCUGGGCGACGACGCGAUCGUGGCCGUCGAAGAAGUUUAG